AAGUAUUUUCACCUGCUAACCUCCUGAUUGAUAACAUAAUAUCCCCUGUAUAUAUGUAGAUAAAAUUAUUUUGAUAAAACCGCAUUAAACUAUUAAUGGUCGUUGAAGUUCCCGGGCAUAGGGAACCUGCUUGAGUAUAGUUUAUUGUGCUGUUUCAAAAGGCCGAGCCGCGUAAAGUUAAUGUUCUGCUUCAAUCAUUUACUUCAGAUAUUUACUUUCUGUCGUUAUUCCGAGGAUAUUUCAAUCUCUCAAACGAUAUGCGUUCUUAAAAAAAUAUUAAGAAAGAUAAAGCCAACAAAAAUUAAUAGAUUUAACAAGGGAAAAAAUAUUUUUUAUGGUUAAAUUAUUUAAGUAUAACAAGAUGCUGAAGCCAAUAUUAUUAUGUAUGGCAAUUUUAGGAUCAUCCGUUAACUCGUAUAAAAUACUAAUUUUAUAUCCAACGACGUCUCUGAGUCAUCAACUUCCGGCAAUGGGAUUGGCCGAGGCUCUCCUGAAAAAGGGCCACCAAGUAUACUUCGCUGGAACGGAUAAACUGUCUGAUGACGGUAACAAUAACUAUACGUUCAUCGAUUUUUCAUGGUUAUACCAGUAUUAUCACGAACAAGCAAAACUUGCGCCGGUUCAAUUGAAUCGAAAAUUCUCCAAGUAUGAAUUCCUCUCGUUUGCAGAUCUUAUGUUCAAAGUAGCCAGAAAAUUUUUUGAAAGUGAUACAUUCUACAAAUUUUACAGGCUGACAAAGGACGAGCAGUUACACUUCGAUGCCAUCGUCAUAGAAGCCAUAUGGCUUCCAUUCGGGGUGGCAACUUCCCGACUUCUCUCCACCAAUGGAACCGCGUCGGCUCCACCAGUGAUCUCCCUGUCCACGACGGCGGGUGGCGAUUUCUUCGGGCAGGAUGAUUCCCUUGGCGGCAUCAUCCACCUCUCCUAUACCCCUUCGAUGCUGGAGGGCUAUACCGACAGGAUGAACUUAUUCCAGCGGAUUGAGAACUGGGCCUCGCACCACUACAUCACAGGAACGAUCCGACGAACCGUUUCAGAGUUGGCCGAGUCGGUGUUUCGGAAAAAUUUCGGCCUUGGUGAAGAGGUGAUGGCAGAUGGAGGAUGGCCUAAUGCUAGUCUUUUAAUCAGCGCCUCGAAUCCCUUGUACUUCUACCCGCGGCUUCUACCUCCGAACAUCGUUGAGGUUGGACCGCUCCAUAUUAAAAACCCCGAAAAAUUACCGGAGAUCUUACAAGCAUGGCUGGAUGGAGCACAGAAAGGAGUCAUCUAUUUCAGCCUCGGGAGCAAUAUGAAGAGCGAGUUCCUACCACCGAAGGUUUUGUCAAACUUCCUGAGAGUUUUUAGAGAACUUCCCACCGGUUAUCGCGUAUUGUGGAAAUGCGAGGGCAAUGCAAAAAUACCUGGUCAGUCAGAGAAUAUCCUGACCCAGAAAUGGAUGCCACAACAAAGUGUUCUUGCUCAUCCGCAAGUGAAAGUGUUCAUCACGCAAGGAGGCUGCCAGAGUUUCCAGGAGACGGUGCAUUAUGGAGUGCCCAUUGUAGGAAUACCGUGGUUCGGAGAUCAGGAAACGAACGUGGCUAAGAUGGUCGACGCCGGCAUUGGAACUCGGAUCUGGCCACAGGAACUCGAGUAUUAUGAGAAAAUCAAAUCAACCCUCGAGGCAGUUUUGUUUGAUACAAGAUAUGCUGAGCGCAUGAAGAAAUUGUCAUCGAUUUCAAGAGACUUCACGGCAAAGGCGAAGGACAAUGCGGCUUUUUGGGUGGAGCAUGUCGCAAGACAUGGCGGUGCAUCUCAUCUAAGAUCAGUCACUGCUGACACAACUUACAUCGAGUACUUCUGCUUAGACAUUAUCACACUGAUGUUAACUCUAUUGUUCUUCAUCAUUUACCUCGUGAAGUGUUCAGUCAAAUAUUUAGUAUCACUUGUACUUAAAACAUCUAAUUCUAAAAUAAAAUCAUCAUAAGGCCUUACUCGUACCUAUCCAA